AUGGCUCCUGAGCAGGCAGUUGCUUUAGACCCUAUACUUGAGCAUGACCCUGUGCAUGUUGGCAUCCCUAUUGAGCCUGUUAUAGCUGACCCGCCUAUCGAUGAUCACCUUAUGGAUGCUCCAUUGCUGGAGGGUGAUCACGUCGUUGCUGCCGAUCCUGUUGUUCCCCCACCUGUUGUUGAUAUACCUGUUGACCAACCUGUCGAUCACAUUGCGCCCUUUCCACCUGUUGUACCCCCUGUUUCUCCUUUUCAUGUGGCACCUUUUGAUCCCACCAGUACGCCAUUCCUUUGGCCGUCACCGCCUGUCAUGCCACCGACUGAUCCUUACCAUCCGUUCCACAUGGGACACAUCAACUUUGAAAAGUUACCAACACGCCAUGCGCCAUGUGUCCAGUUGGCUCAACUUUGA